AGAAGUCUCAAAAACGUGCAGCUUGUGUUUGUGUGCGAAGUUGAGAAAUUCGUAUUUAUCGCGUAGAAAAAAACAAAUUCUGUGUUUUAAUAAUGACGGAAAAACGUCGUUUAACUCAAUUCCAUGAAAUGGAACUUGACGAUAGAAUUUUAAAGGCUAUUUCAAAGUUGGGCUGGAGUGAGCCCACAUUGAUACAAGAAGCGGCCAUUCCUUUGCUGCUGGAGGGCAAAGAUGUCAUAGUGAAAGCUCGCACAGGUUCGGGCAAAACCGCCGCCUUUGCCCUUCCCUUACUUCAGAAAAUACUCAAUUCCAAAUUAAAUGCAGCUGAGCAAUGUAUAAGUGGUUUGGUGCUAGCGCCUAGCAAAGAACUUUGUCAACAGACACGCAAAGCCAUGGAACAAAUGAGUGAGAAAUGUGGCAAAGUUUUGCGUGUAGUAGAUCUCUCAUCCAAUGAUGUGGUGGCACAGAAACAUGUUCUGUCAGAGAGGCCAGAUGUUGUUAUAACAACUCCAGCAAAAGUUUUAUCACACUUGCAGUCAGGAGCUAUGGAUCUGAAACAUUUGGAAACGCUCAUAGUUGAUGAAGCCGAUUUGGUGUUUUCAUUCGGCUUUGAAAAGGACAUAAAGAAACUUGUGGAAUAUUUGCCUCCCAUAUAUCAGGCCAUUUUGGUGUCGGCCACCAUCACAGAUGAAGUGAUGAACAUGAAGAGCAUAAUAUUGAAUAAUCCCGUAAUAUUGAAGCUAGAAGAACCAGAACUAGUGCCAGAGAGUCAAUUGUCACAUCAAAGGAUAUUGGCUGAAGAAAAUGAUAAGCCCGCCAUUUUGUAUGCCUUGUUGAAGUUACGUUUGGUGCGGGGCAAGAAUGUUAUUUUCGUUAAUUCGGUAGAUCGUUGUUAUAAACUUAAACUUUUCCUAGAACAGUUUAGCAUAAAAUCAUGUGUCCUCAACUCGGAAUUGCCUGCCAAAAUUCGUAUACACACCAUAAAUCAAUUUAAUCAGGGCAUUUAUGAUUUUAUCAUCGCCUCCGACGAACAUAUGUUGGAAAAUCCUGGACGAAAUAAAUCUGAUCGGGAAUCAGGUGCCUCUAGAGGCAUCGAUUUCCAAUGUGUCACCAAUGUUAUCAACUUUGAUUUCCCUAAAGAUGUUAAUUCCUAUAUUCAUCGGGCAGGACGUACUGCUAGAGGCAACAACAAAGGCACAGUUCUCUCAAUGGUAAGCAUUAAGGAUAAGACCAUAAACGAUGAAGUUGAAGUGCGACUAAAGGCUGGUUAUAUGAGCGACGAACAGAUUAUUAAGAACUAUCAAUUUAAAAUGGAAGAAGUCGAAGCUUUUCGUUAUAGAGCUAAAGAUGCAUGGCGUGCCAUUACCCGUACUGCGGUACAUGAAGCCCGUGUACGUGAAAUUAAAGCGGAAAUCUUCAAUAGUGAAAAGCUGAAAGGGUUCUUUAGUGAAAAUACGCGAGAUCUACAAGUCUUGCGACAUGAUAAACCUUUGAAAACGGUAAAAGUUCAACCUCACUUAUCUCAUGUUCCUGAGUAUAUUGUGCCAAAGGCUCUUAAGCGUAUUGCUACCACUCCCAUUACCUCAACUUCUGCAAGUACAUCGAAAAAACCACGGUACUUCAACUCAUCGGCCAAAGCUGCCUAUGAAAAUAAAUCUAACAAUCCAUUGUUGUGCAGUGAAAUAGAUUUUGGCAAAAAACACGGAGGUGGAAAACGCCGUAAAUAAUGGCACAUCUAAGACCAUGCCUACAUGUACCAUUAUUUUGAAAUGAAUUGUAUAGUUAAUUAGUUGUGUUUUUAUUAUAAGUUUAUUUUAGAAAAAAAUGUAUAUUUAAAGAAAUUGAUGGUAGGAAUGUGUUUUUCUAUUAAAAAUCGUCACAAUGUUUUAAAAACGGA